CAGGCUUACUCGCAAUGACAUCCAGUCAGAGAAGUGGUCCAUCAGCAAGCACACACAGCUCAGCCCGACGGACGCUUUUGGAACUAUUGAGUUCCAAGGAGGAGGCCACUCCAAUAAAGCUAUGUAUGUACGUGUGUCUUUUGACACAAAGCCUGACCUUCUUCUGCACCUGAUGACCAAAGAGUGGCAGCUUGAGCUCCCUAAACUUCUCAUCUCUGUGCAUGGGGGCCUUCAGAAUUUUGAACUUCAGCCAAAACUCAAGCAAGUCUUUGGGAAAGGCCUCAUUAAGGCUGCUAUGACAACCGGAGCAUGGAUAUUCACUGGAGGAGUAAACACAGGGGUCAUUCGCCAUGUUGGAGAUGCACUGAAAGAUCAUGCCUCAAAAUCUCGAGGGAAGAUAUGCACCAUUGGCAUAGCUCCCUGGGGGAUUGUUGAAAAUCAGGAGGACCUGAUUGGCAAAGAUGUGGUCCGACCAUACCAGACAAUGUCCAAUCCCAUGAGUAAGUUGACAGUGCUCAACAGUAUGCAUUCUCAUUUCAUUUUGGCUGACAAUGGUACUACUGGCAAAUAUGGAGCAGAAGUGAAACUCCGUAGACAGCUGGAAAAGCACAUAUCACUUCAGAAGAUAAAUACAAUGUGUAUUAAAUACUUCAUAUUAUGUAAGAAGAUCUUUUACCAAUUUUGGGGAAGCUGCCAAAUCACUUCUACUUCCUGAAUUGGUCAGGGGGUUCCAGUGGUGGCCCUCAUUGUGGAAGGAGGUCCCAAUGUUAUCUCUAUCGUUCUGGAGUACCUGCGAGACACACCUCCUGUUCCUGUUGUGAUAUGUGAUGGCAGUGGUCGGGCAUCUGACAUCCUUGCCUUUGGUCACAAAUAUUCUGAAGAAGGAGGGCUUAUCAAUGAGUCUUUGAGGGACCAGCUGCUAGUUACCAUCCAGAAGACUUUCACAUACACUCGAACCCAGGCACAACACCUCUUCAUUAUUCUCAUGGAGUGCAUGAAGAAGAAGGAGCUGAUCACAGUCUUUCGCAUGGGAUCAGAAGGACACCAGGAUAUUGAUUUAGCUAUCCUUACAGCAUUACUAAAAGGAGCUAACGCAUCUGCUCCCGACCAGCUGAGCCUGGCGCUAGCCUGGAACAGAGUAGACAUCGCUCGCAGUCAGAUCUUUAUUUACGGGCAGCAGUGGCCGGUGGGCUCCCUUGAGCAGGCAAUGCUGGAUGCACUGGUGUUGGACAGAGUGGAUUUUGUGAAAUUACUCAUAGAAAAUGGAGUAAGCAUGCAUCGGUUUCUCACCAUCUCCCGGCUAGAGGAAUUGUACAAUACGAGACAUGGACCAUCCAACACUCUGUAUCAUCUAGUCAGGGACGUCAAAAAGGGAAAUUUACCUCCUGAUUAUCGAAUUAGCCUGAUUGAUAUCGGUUUGGUGAUAGAGUACCUGAUGGGAGGAGCAUAUCGCUGCAAUUACACCCGAAAACGGUUCAGAACACUGUACCACAAUUUAUUUGGCCCCAAGAGGGAUGAUGUCCCUUUGCGGCGAGGGAGGAAAACAACGAAGAAAAGAGAAGAAGAAGUUGAUAUUGACUUGGAUGACCCUGAGAUCAAUCAUUUUCCCUUCCCGUUCCAUGAGCUGAUGGUGUGGGCCGUGCUUAUGAAGCGUCAGAAGAUGGCCCUCUUCUUUUGGCAGCAUGGGGAGGAGGCUAUGGCUAAAGCACUGGUGGCCUGUAAGCUCUGCAAAGCCAUGGCCCAUGAAGCAUCAGAAAAUGACAUGGUGGAUGACAUAUCCCAAGAGCUGAACCAUAAUUCCAGGGACUUUGGCCAGUUGGCAGUGGAGCUGUUGGACCAGUCGUACAAGCAAGACGAGCAACUGGCAAUGAAACUGCUGACGUAUGAGCUGAAGAACUGGAGCAAUGCCACAUGCCUGCAGCUCGCAGUGGCAGCCAAGCACAGGGACUUCAUUGCUCACACUUGCAGCCAAAUGCUGCUCACAGACAUGUGGAUGGGUCGUCUCCGGAUGCGCAAAAAUUCUGGCCUAAAGGUAAUUCUAGGAAUUCUACUUCCUCCUUCAAUCCUCAGCUUGGAGUUCAAGAACAAAGAUGAUAUGCCUUACAUGUCUCAGGCCAAUGAAAUCCAUCUUCAAGAAAAGGAGCCAGAAGAACCAGAAAAACCAGUGAAAGAAAAAGAGGAGGAGGACAUGGAACUCACUGCGAUGCUGGGACGAGGGAAUGGAGAAUCCUCGAGAAAGAAAGAGGAAGAGGAAGUUCAGAGCAGGCACAGACUGAUUCCUGUUGGAAGAAAGAUUUAUGAAUUCUACAAUGCUCCUAUUGUUAAAUUUUGGUUUUACACACUGGCAUAUAUAGGCUACUUGAUGCUGUUCAAUUAUAUAGUGUUAGUGAAGAUGGAUCGCUGGCCAUCUACACAGGAAUGGAUUGUCAUCUCAUACAUUUUCACUCUGGGAAUAGAGAAGAUGAGAGAGAUAUUGAUGUCAGAGCCUGGGAAACUGUUACAGAAGGUAAAAGUUUGGCUCCAAGAGUACUGGAAUGUUACGGAUCUCAUAGCUAUCCUCCUGUUCUCUGUUGGGAUGGUCCUCCGUCUGCAAGAUCUGCCACUCCGGAGUGAUGGCCGGGUCAUAUACUGUGUUAACAUCAUUUACUGGUAUAUACGGUUACUAGACAUCUUUGGAGUAAACAAGUAUUUGGGACCAUAUGUUAUGAUGAUUGGAAAAAUGAUGAUCGACAUGAUGUAUUUUGUCAUCAUCAUGUUGGUGGUUCUGAUGAGCUUCGGUGUCGCAAGACAGGCUAUUCUCUUCCCCAAUGAGGAGCCUUCAUGGAAGCUGGCAAAAAACAUUUUUUACAUGCCUUAUUGGAUGAUCUAUGGGGAAGUGUUUGCAGACCAGAUAGACCCCCCUUGUGGUCAGAAUGAAACAAGAGAAGAUGGUAAAAUAAUCCAGCUGCCUCCCUGCAAAACAGGAGCAUGGAUUGUUCCUGCCAUCAUGGCCUGUUACCUCUUGGUUGCAAACAUCCUUUUGGUGAACCUUCUGAUUGCUGUUUUCAACAAUACAUUUUUUGAAGUCAAAUCCAUAUCCAACCAAGUAUGGAAGUUUCAAAGGUAUCAACUAAUCAUGACAUUUCAUGAAAGGCCAGUUCUCCCACCACCUCUGAUCAUUUUCAGCCACAUGACUAUGAUAUUCCAACACCUCUGCUGUAGAUGGCGGAAACACGAAAGUGACCCAGAUGAGAGAGACUAUGGACUAAAACUUUUCAUAACUGAGGAUGAAUUGAAAAAAGUCCAUGAUUUUGAAGAGCAGUGUAUAGAAGAAUAUUUUAGAGAGAAGGAUGACAGAUUUAAUUCCUCCAAUGAUGAAAGAAUCCGUGUCACUUCAGAAAGGGUAGAGAACAUGGCCAUGCGACUGGAAGAAGUAAAUGAGAGAGAGCACUGCAUGAAGGCUUCUCUGCAGACUGUUGACAUCAGGCUUGCUCAGCUGGAAGAUAUGAUAGGACGAAUGGUGACAGCCUUAGAAAAAUUGACUGGCAUAGAGAGAGGUGAGACAACCAAGAUACGAUCCAGGACCUCAUCUGACUGUACAGAUGCAGCCUACAUUGUGAGGCAGAGUAGCUUCAAUAGUCAGGAAGGAAAUACUUACAAGCUUCAAGAGAGCAUAGAUCCUGCAGGAGAGGAGUCCAUGUCCCCAACAUCUCCUACAAUCACACCCCGCAUGCGAAGCCACUCUUUCUAUGCAACAAAUAUGAAGGACAAGUGUGGGUUGGAAAAGUUUGAAAGCAUUUUUAAGGAAAGGUCUCCAAGCCUGCACCGGGCUAGCAGUUCCCACUCGAUAGCAAAAGAAGGAAAGGUUCCCUUAGCCCCUACCAGCACUUUGUCAAUUGCCCCAGACUCCAGAAGGCCUUCGUCUUGUAUAGACAUCUAUGUUUCUGCAAUGGAUGAGAUGCAUUCUGACACAGAGCCUCUUGACAGCUCCAUAAAUAUUCUUGGUACUGUAGAUGCAGCCCUACAGGCUCACAUAGCCUCUUCCAUUUUAGCUAACAGUGCGUAUAUUAGCAGUACACCUAGUGAAAAGAUUUCUGGCAGGAGUCUUGAUUAUGAGGAAACAUCUGGAAUAGAAACAAGAGCAUUUUCUUCAGACUAUUCACAAAUCACAGAUUGCCAAAUCCCCUGGGAUUCAGACCCUCCCUUGUACCACACUUUAGAGCGAUCCAAAAGCAGUCGUUAUCUGGCUACAACUCCGUUCAUUCUGGAGGAAACACCAAUUGUGAAAUCUCACAGUUUUAUGUUCUCACCAUCUCGAAGCUACUUCAGCAGCCUUGGCGUCCCAGUCAAAACAGCAGAGUACACAAGUAUUACAGACUGCAUAGACACGAGGUGUGUGAGCGCUCCCCAGACCAUCGCAGAGAGGGCCAGUUUUCCUGGAAGCCUUGGGGGCAAGGUGGAAGACUUGGGAUGCUGCCACCCAGAGAGAGAAGCAGAACUAAGCCACCCAAGCUCUGAUCAUGAAGAUAUUGAGUCCAAAGACAAGAAGGGAAUCCCCUUAUCUCCUCAAGAUGGCAAUGCCACAAGAACUCUGACCAACAGCAUCCCGCUUCCAAAAAUAGAGAGGGCCAACAGCUACUCUGCAGAGGAGUCCAACAUGCUGUAUGCACAGCACACACGGAAGAGCUAUUCAAUCAGUGAUAAACUUGACAGACAGCGAAAUGCAACGAGCCUGCGGAACCCCUUCCAGAGGAGCAAGUCCUCGAGGCCAGAGAGCAAAGGAGACAACCUGUCCAUGAGGAGACUAUCGAGAACAGGAGCCUUCCGUAGCUUUGAAAGCAAGCACAGCUAG